UCGAAUUUUCAAUAGGAAAAUUAAAUACGCAAAACUGAUAUCAAAUUAGGAUAGAGCUCGUCGAAACGAGAAUUUUGGUACCAAUUUCGAAAAGUUUGGCCCAAGAUUGGGCCGGAUGGGCCGAACUGGUUGAACCGGACCCAAAAUGGGCCCAAGGCCCAACCAAACCCAAUCCACUAAAGAGGCACAGCUUCUUAUUUCCUUUCUUCUUCAUUAUUCACGCUGGGAAACAUUCUUAGGGGGAAGAACACAAGCAAAAACCUAACCCUCACUUUAAUUUCAAAUCCAUGUAACUUUUGAUCCGGAGCUCCGAUUGACGAACCGUUUGCGACCACGCGUUCACCGUGACGAGCUCUAUGAAACCCAUGGAACAAUUUGGUUCAAGUUAGCUUCCGGAACUUGUGGGCUCAAGCUAUUGAGCAUAUGGGUAUGAUGCAGGUCGAGAGGCUCCUCGCUAGGCGUCUGGAUUCUGGAAAGCGAAGUAGUUCUUGGGUGUAUUUUGGGUUCUAUUUGUAUAUAUGUAUAUAUAUGUGUAGCUUACUCUCCAAGUAACUUAUGUAUGCUGCUCCUCUUAGAGGUUGAGGGAGAGACAGGAGUUUACUUUGGUAUUUUGGUAUAUUUUGGGGACACUUAUGUAUGUUUAUAUGUAUAUAUGUAUCCUCCGAUCAGCCUUAGCUUCGCAGGCUGAGUCAGAGGCUAGUUAUGCUGUUCCUUGGCUUUUCUUUAUCCCUUCGUUUAUUGUUCUAUCAUAUUCCUAUUAGGUUUCUUAGCACGCAAGUAAUCCUAUUUCUUGAGCGUUGAGCUUUUUAUUUUGCGAUUCUUGUUUACCCACUUUGUUUCAAGGCUCCUAGUAUAUUAAUUUUUUUCAGUAUUAUAUGUAUAUCCUUACUAUUAGAGGUCUGUAAUACCACACUACCUCUGUUCUAUGACUUAAGCGUAAAACAUUGUGUAGUAGGGUGUUACAUUAUGGUAUCAGAGCAGUUCGUUCCUAUAGAGCCUGAGGGACAGACUGAUUAUGCCUCUGGGCAUUCUCUGGGUGUCUAUACAUGCGAUUUAGGGUAUCUAACUGAUAUACGAGGCAUGAAUGCUCAUGAGCAUGCAUUUGGGACUUUGAAAUACUAAACUUGAGAUAUUGAGACUGAUCACCUUGAUAUCACUUGUUUGGAGUGAACAGGAACCAAAUGGCAUCUCGUAGGCGCCGUCGUGAGCGUAAGCAAGGUCGAGGACGGAGAGCUGAUGAGGUGACUAUACCGGUAGGUAGUUUAACCGAUAUCGUGACCGCAAUGACGAGUGUUGUUGCUGCCGUUGGCGCUGUUGCUGUCGCGACCAUCCGAGUAAUGGAUGGGAUGCAACCACAAGCUGGAACUGGCAACAAUGAUGAUAAUGAAUAUGAAGGUGGACAUAAUGCUCCGAAUACAAGGGUACCACCGAGUUAUCUGGAGCAGGUUAACGUUGGUCAGGCAACGGGAGAAAGCUCAAGGAGGGCUGAGGUAGCAAGAAGUGAUCACCGAGGACCCUUCACAAAGAAAAAGGGAAAGAUUACACCGAGGAGCCAAACUUUCAAAAAGAAUCGCUUUGUCACUUCACAUUCUCAGCGCCGGAACAAUGACCGAAGGAACGAUAAUCGUUCGGACCCGAAUUCAGAAGGGCAAACUAGUGCUCAACCGGGUGACUUAAGGUGCUCAAGUUGCAAGAGGUACCAUCCAAACAGACCAUGCAGGGCAGGAUUAGGUGUAUGUUAUAAGUGCGGGAGGCCGGGGCAUAUGUCUUGGAAUUGUUCGUACAGAGGAAGCCGGGAUGCAACCGAACCCGAUUUUCAAACGCGAGGUAAUUAUGAACCAACAGUUGAAUUUUUAAUUUCCGUGCCUACCAUUGAUAUGUAA